CGAGGUUGCUACGUGUACGUUCAAGGGGGAGGGGCACGUAAGUAACAAAAAAAGAAGGAAAGGAGAGCGAAGCAAUUUUAUUUCAACAUCUUUAUAGAAAGUCUAAAGUCAACAGUUUGGAGUCAUGCCUAUACGUCGUGCAGCUGGGACUCCACCCCAGGAGACACCCCCCUUGGCUGCACCAGAUGAGCCUGAUGCCAGCUCUGAGGAAUCUGCCUCUGUUGAGGAGGAGCAGGAGGUAGCACCCGCAGCCCCAGUAGCCAAGAAGGGGGAGGGUCAAGGAGAAUGUGAGGGCACAGGUGAAGGAGACCCAAAAGAGAAUGGUGAGAAACCUGAUGAAUCGACUGGAAAGAAGACUGAGGAGAAGAAGACUGAGGGGGAAGAGGCUGAGAAGGAAGCGAAAGAUGGCGUGAAAGAGAAAGUCAAGAAGCCUAUUAAAAGGACCAUUCCUGCCUGGGCCACCAUGUCUGCCAGCAAACGUGCAACGCUCACUAAUAAGAGCACCUCCACCAUGCAGCCGCCUAGGAUGGACGACAUCCUCAUUGAGGCUAUUGAGUCCUGCAAGGAGAAGACUGGGGCCUCAGCCCAUUCUGUCAUGAAGUACAUUGUGAAGAAAUACCCUAACCUGGAGUUGGACAAGAGGAAAUUCCUUCUCAAGAAGGCUCUCAAGAGGCAGCUGGAGAAGGGCACCAUCAAACAGCUGAAGGGUAAAGGCCUUUCUGGAAGCUUUACCAUUGGGAAGCAGCCCCCUAAUAAAUCCACUGCUAAAGGGAAGCCGAUGGCAGUAGCUCCUGGGUUGAAGGCAGAGACCCUUGGGGAUGCUCUGCCCCUGAUCAUCACACGGCUAUGUGAGCCCAAAGAGGCAUCUUACAUUCUGAUCAAGAAAUAUGUGGAGCAGCACUUCCCUCAACUCAACGUGGAGCAUCGGCCGGAUAUCCUAAAGAGUGGCCUGGUGAGAGCUGUGGACAAGGGUCAACUGGAGCAGAUCACUGGAAAAGGUGCCUCUGGAACAUUCCAGCUGAAGCGGGAAGGGGGCAAAUUCCUGCUUAAAGGUGGGCCCCUGGAGGACGCUAUCAUGACAGCCAUCGUGGCCAUGAACGAACCCAAGACUUGCAGUACCACCACACUCCGCAAAUUCCUGUUAGAGACAAACAAGGACAGCAUGGAGUAUCGUGUGGUGAACAGCCUAAAGAGGACACUGCAGAAAUGUAAAAUGAUGGGCUGGAUGGAGCAGAUCACUGGGAAUGGGCUAAAUGGGACCUACCAGCUCUGCUACCCUUACCACCCCAGCCCAGCCAUUCUGUUCCCAGAAAAACAGAAAGUGAAAGAGCAGAAAAUGGCAGAGAAGGCUAAACGCAGAAAGAUGGUUGACUCGUCUGAUGAGGACUCUGAUGAGGAGGAAGAGGAGUCGUCUGAGGAGGAUGAGGAGUCAGAUGAUGAACCCUCCUAAGAGGUGAGUCCAAGGAAAGCUGUGAAGCGGCCACCACCUAAAGCACGUCGCCCUCCCCCCAGCAAGAAGUCACAGCCGGCAAGUCAGUCAAGGGCUAAGGGCAAGAAAAGAGCUGCCCCUGCUAAGAGAUCUGCACCCCCAGUCAAGAAACCAGCACCCCAAGCUAAGAAAGCAGCACCCCCAGCCAAGAAGCCUGCUCCCCCAGCGAGGAAACCAGUGCCCCCGGUUAAGAAACCUGCAGCUGCCAGUAAAGCUGUAGCCUCAAAGAAGACGCCCCCACCAGCUACGGCGGCACCCACACCAGUCAAGAAAGCUGCUCCAGCGAGCAAGCCCAAAACGCCCAUUGUCAAAAAGCUGACAAGCAGGGCAUCAAAGCGCCCAGUGCCCAAAAAGUCACCACCUGCGAAGAAGGAAGCGGCCAAAUCUGCAGUGAAGGCCAAGCCAGCAGCCCGCAAGUCCCUGAGGGAGAGGAAGUGAGCUCACUAUUGACCAGCAGUGGAAGUUUAACUGUAGCUCUGAAGACUGCAGUGCUCUGCCUCUAGCCAUGCUCUCUUUCGCAUCAUUGUUUUCUCCCUGUUUGGGACUCUAGAAUUCUUCUCUGUAGGAUAGGGAUGUGACAGUUAUCAGUUCAUGUCAAUUUACUGUACUUUGAACUGUUACAUUUCUGUGAACCCAACCUCUGAACACCAUUGUGUAGAAAGUCCUCUUCAAAAACUGUAAAAUUGCCUAGGUAUUGAAUUGUGAAAUGUCACAAUUUCCCUCACACACUUGUGUAUAUGCAGAGAUCUAACAUAAAAUCAAAGUGACUUGUCUUUUCAUUUUAACAUUUAAUCCCAAAUCCACUUUCCCAUGUUUUAGCUUGACACAUUCCUUGUAUAAAAAUAUAGAAUUCUCUACAUUUAAUCUGGAGUAAAUUUUCAAAUCUUAAAGAAUAUUUGAGAUUUAUGUAAGUGAAUUUGAGAGCAUGAGAAUUUCAUGUAAUGAAUUGUGUUAUUUAAAUUAAAUUUCCUUGAUCAGUUGCAGGGCCCAUGGUUAAAAUACUUAAUUUGAUUAGAGACUGACAUAAGGAAGCAAUUUGUCAUUGUUAUAUUCAGUACUACUGCAUAGUAUUAGGGGAAUAUUUUUUUAAAGUGCGUAACUAAUGAAAGUUCAUUUUAUCAUAUAAAGCUAAAAAAAAAAAAAAUACAAAAUUGUCUACAUUCUGUGUAAUAGUACAAGAUUUGAAGAAACUUCAUUUUGAAGGUGUGGCUCAUGCAUACCUUGCAUGCGUGUACUCUUUAUGUUAUGCUUUUUUCCAAGUCGUUAUUAAAAUGGCUAUUUGUACUAAA